AUGGCAGUCAGACUCAUGCAGUGGUCAGAGCCCAUCGUGCUCUUCGGAACAUCGGCGUUUGGGAAACUUGGGCACAUCAAGGUAUUUCUUCGCGCUCUAAAAUAUGUAGACCAGCGUCUUCAACUGAAGAAUAGUAGCAGAGGAAAGGCUGAUAGUGUUAUCGUAUCUGUGGGCAUGAUUGGUGCACUAAUUACCUUAAGUGUGGCAGUUUUAAGCCUAUAUAAUGGACUGUCACAACAAAAUCGUGUGUUCAGGUCAGUGACGUACGAAGUUUACUCAGUACUUUGUACACUCGUUGCUCCACUUUUUCCACUCUUGGUGAUGGAACUUCUACUGCGGUAUAGAGCACUAAACAGACUACUCGUCACAACAAUUUGCCCAAUUACUGAAGCAGCACGAUGUGCUGAUAAAGGCCUCAUAAAGAUCCUCAUCGCUGAACCUCAGCCAUCCCAAGAGCAGCAAGAGACAACCAUCAACGACCUCCGCGCCGCGUACGCUGCUCUUGACUGUGCGGCAGAGGCGCUCCAGCAACAGUAUGGUCUUGCUGUGGCGUUAAUGGUGGCCAGUGCUUUCUUCGGCGUCAUCUACAGCUCGUAUGAAAUAAUUGUGUUGGUGGUGAUAGGUGACGUUCAAAGUAUUACCGCUGCCCUGAGUCGUUCUCUGCUCGUCUCCUCGCUGUGGCUGGUAUACCAUGGCGUGAAGUUGAUGGCGGUGUCCAUGUGCUGCUCCGCCACAUGUGACGAGGAACGCCGGACGGGAGUCCUGCUGCACAGGGCGGCAACGGCGUCCGCUCUGUGUGGGACGCCGCUACCUGAAGCAGAGGCCUUCCUGCGUGAAGUGCGGAGGGGGCCGCCUCUGAGCUUCACCGCCGGAGGCUUCUUCCACAUCCGCAGGAGCCUGAUCAUCUCCACCUUGGCAACUGUCAUCACCCACAUAGUCAUUCUGACUCAGUUUGGCAUCAAAUACUGA